AUGUCUUUUCCUCAGACCUUCACUUUGAAUAAUGGCCGAAAAGUUGGCUUUGGAACCUUCCAGGGAACCCAGGGCAACUCUAAGGUCAAGGAUGCCGUGAAGCUGGCGCUGAGCCUUGGUUAUAGGCACAUUGACGGGGCCAACGCAUACGGUAACGAGAAAGACAUUGGAGAAGCUAUCGAAGAAAGUGGAAUUCCGAGGGAAGAGAUAUUUGUGACGUCUAAGCUAUUAUAA